AUGCGGCGGAUCGAGGAGCUGAUGGAGGAUAUGGUUCGGGCCAUAAGGAGGCAGAUCCGGGCCAUCAACCGCAUGAGUCUUAACUUGACAACACAAAUGGACCGUGUGGUGUCCUGGGUCAGCAUGGACCAACGCCAGAUGAUGGAGCACAUGAGACUUUCCAUUAUUGAAGAAAUAGUGCGUCGUGGUGAUCCAUCGUCUGUAUCAUCGGAGUCCGAACCAGUACUCUCCGCCCCGAUGAUCCAGCCAGGGACCAGAGAAGGCAGUCACCGGCGGAGAGGAGAACCUUGUGCCCGGUAA